UUCAAUGCGACAAGAUGGAGGCCAUGUGCACAAUGUAAAGCACUACAGAAUCCAUCAGCUCCACAAUGGCUGGUACUACGUCCACCACAGCCACUACUUCUCCACUCUCACCCAGCUGGUGGACUAUUACUCACGGUCUUCUAAUGGUACGUACUGUCAGCUGACUGAACCUUGCUUACUUCAUGACUCCAACACAGCUGUAGCAAUCCAGAGGUCCAGCCUUAACUGGAGAGAUUUGUCCAGGUCGAUGGUUCAAAGGCAGCUAAAGGGAACUAACCAGGAGAGUCUGGUCAGUGAAGGAUUACGAGAGACUAUGAAAGCAUAUUUUUAUGUCACAGAGUCGUCAGACUGUGAGGACUGAGUGACAUCCAACACAGAACAGACAUGUGAGACUGAUGAAGUUAAGUUAAAGAUGUUUUGGGUAUUUGGUGGGCAUUCUGACCACAA